AACUCCUGUUUCCCCCUCCCGGGGCUCCCAACUCUCAGCUUUCGGCCGCGGGGAAGAGCACCACCUAGAAGAGCAGAGGAACCCCAGCGCCCAGUACAGAUCUCAGACACUCCCGCUUCCAAGAACCAGGCAUUUAGGCGCUGUGAAGUCAGAUUCCAAGGAACCCUCAGAGUUCCAACUUCCAGGCUGUUACUCAACUCUCAGUUCUAAGCAACGUCGGUGUCCUAGGAAGGAGCCCCAAAAGCUCCUAGCGUCCAGGCUCUAAGGAAACCCGGGGCGUUCAUCAUGGUGGCCGAUCCCCCUAAGGGAGACAUCAAGUUGAUGGGGACGGCAGAGCCCACUGCGAACGGUGUCUCAACACUGAUCCCCAGAGAGGACCGAGGCGCGGCAGGAGGUGGCUGCUGCAGUUGCCCCGAUCCGGCGCGCCGCUGUCUUAGCGCCAACCUGCUGGUGCUGCUGACGGUUGCGGCCGUGGUGGCGGGCGUGGCGUUGGGCCUGGGGGUCUCUGGGGCCGGCGGCGCGAAAGCCCUGGGGCCGGCGCGUCUGGCCGCCUUCGCCUUCCCAGGAGAGCUGCUGCUGCGCAUGCUACGGAUGAUCAUCUUGCCGCUGGUGGUGUGCAGCCUGAUCGGCGGCGCCGCCAGCCUGGACCCGAGCGCUCUCGGCCGCCUGGGUGCCUGGGCGAUGCUCUUUUUCCUGGUCACCACACUACUAGCGUCCGCACUCGGCGUAGGUUUGGCGCUGGCUCUGCAGCCCGGCGCUGCCAUCGAGGCCUCGUUCAAGGUUGCCGGUCCUACGCAAGACCUCCCCAGCAAGGAGGUGCUGGACUCCUUCCUGGAUCUUGUGAGAAACAUCUUCCCUGCCAACCUGGUGUCUGCCGCCUUCCGCUCGUACAACACCGUCUAUAAAGAGGAAGUUUCCAAUGUAACCCAGGGGCCUGGCUCUGAAACGGACAUCUCCAAUGGAACCAAGGUGAAGGUGCCUGUGGAGGGAGAGGUGGAGAGCAUGAACAUUCUGGGCCUGGUGGUGUUUGCCAUUGCCUUUGGCUUGGCCCUGCGGAAGCUGGGGCCGGAGGGAGAGCCGCUCAUCCGCUUCUUCAACUCGUUCAACGACGCCACCAUGGUGCUGGUCUCCUGGAUCAUGUGGUAUGCCCCUGUGGGCAUCUUGUUCCUGGUGGCCGGCAAGAUCAUGGAGAUGGAGGACGUGGGGACCCUCUUCGCCAGUCUCGGCAAAUAUAUCCUGUGCUGUCUGCUGGGCCACGUCAUUCACGGGCUCGUGGUGCUGCCCUUCAUCUACUUCUUCUUCACUCGCAAGAACCCCUACCGCUUCCUGUGGGGCAUCGUGACCGCGCUGGUCACCGCCUUUGGGACCUCCUCCAGCUCUGCCACUUUGCCGCUGAUGAUGAAGUGCGUGGAAGAGAAGAAUGGCGUCUCUAAGCAUAUCAGCCGCUUCAUCCUGCCCAUCGGUGCCACUGUCAACAUGGAUGGCGCUGCCCUCUUCCAGUGUGUGGCCGCGGUGUUCCUUGCACAGCUCUACAAGGCACCGUUGGACUUUGUAAAGAUUAUUACCAUCCUGGUGACGGCCACGGCGUCCAGUGUCGGUGCAGCAGGCAUCCCUGCUGGAGGUGUCCUCACCCUGGCCAUCAUUCUCGAAGCAGUCAACCUACCGGUUGACAUCUCCUUGAUCCUGGCCGUGGACUGGCUAGUGGACCGGUCCUGCACCGUCCUCAACGUGGAAGGUGAUGCCUUUGGGGCGGGACUCCUCCAACAUUACGUGAAUCGGACAGAAUCUCGGAGCUCGGUGCCUAAGUUGAUCCAUGUGAAGAGCGAGGCGCCCCUGGACCCGCUGCCAGUCCCCGCUGAGGAGGUGAACCCCUUCCUCAAACGCUACCCGGGACCUGCUGGGGAUGCUGACACCUUUGAGAAGGAAUCGGUCAUGUAAACCCCAGUGAGGAUCUUCCCCGCCCUGAUGGCACUUUGGACAUUGGAUCACAAGGGGUGGAUAAAUGGACAAACUGGGGCUCGGAGGGCCCCGCCCACACACGCCGGGGAGCUGGGGGCCCCAGACUCCCUCCCCAACCCCAGAUCUGGGAGCUUUGCUGCUGGGACAUAUGUGGAUGUGAGUGUGAAUGUCGUUCCAAAUCUCCCCACUCCUUGACUCUUGCCCUGACCCGAGGCUAGGAAAGAGGAAGAUGGAGAAGUAGCAUCCUCCACGCCUUGUCCUGGGAGCCUGCCUGGCUGCCCCGUUUUCAGGGCAGGGGGCACAGGUUGCCAUGUGGGAUUCUGCCCUUUUUGAGAGGAAGGACGCCAUGUGCUGGCUCCUUUGCUGGUUGUGUUGGUGGCUGUAGCUGUGUGAGAGUGUGUGUGACACAUGCAUGCUGUGACUCCGAGGUACAUCCCACCCUGUCCAGGAACUCUGGGUAGGGGAACACUGACAACAAAUACUGCUGUCACUCUAGAGGACACUUUUUAGCAAUGAAAUUGUCAGGGAUCUUGAAUCAGAUAUUUUUAGGAAUUUGACUGAAAGAACUAGCUGCAUGGAAAUAAAUAACAAAUAGAAUAAAUUGCA